GGCCAGGCAGCUCCAAGCUGUGACGUUAGCAAGAGAGGGGCGGGUGUCUGAGAAAUAAACCGAGAGCGAGAGAAGGGGAAUGGGUGGAGGAAACUGGGGAGACAGAAAUAGCAAAGAGUGAGAGAGCAGGAGCAGGAAAAAGAGGCAGGGGUGAGAGGUAAAAACACGGGGAAGAGAGCAAAGAGAGAUCAUGGAGCUGCUCCUGUGGCUCUGGUCCCAGCUUCGAUCCUGCGGGAACAACCUCCCAGCACUGGGCAUAGCCCUCACAAUCUUCGCUCUGCUAUUUGAUUUCCUGAAGCGCAGGAAGAGCUGGAGUCGCUACCCACCAGGGCCGAGCUCUCUGCCCUUCUUUGGGACCAUGCUGCACAUCGAUUUCCACAACCCGCACGUCUCUUUUACCCAGGGACAACAGCUUCCUCGUAAGUCACCCGAAAUGAUUGAGCGUCUCAACAAAAGCCAACAAAACUGUCAUCCUUUCGAUCCACAUUUUCUUACAAACAACGCAGUUAGCAAUGUUAUCUGCUCCUUCAUCUAUGGUGAGCGCUUUGACUAUGACAAUAAGAAAUUUCAGCGGUUGCUGCAUUUGGUUGAACAGGCCUUGAAGGAAGAAGGUGGAUUCCUGCCCCAGCUCCUUGUUGUAGUACCUUGGCUGCUGCGCAUCCCUGGAGUGCCACAGAGCAUCUUCCGAUCCCAAAAGGAGGUCCUGGACUUCACAAAUGAGCUUGUGAAGGAGCACAGGACGACUUGGAAUCCUACCCAAAAGAGAGACUUCACUGAUGCUUUUCUACAAGAGAUCGAGAAGGCUAAAGAGCAUGCAGGGAGCAGUUUCAAUGACAACAACCUUCCUAUGGUAACAGUUGACUUGUUUACCUCUGGCACUGAGACCACUUCCAUCACCCUGUGCUGGGCAUUGCUGUACAUGCUUCUCCACCCUGAUAUCCAGUGUAAAGUCCAUGAGGAAAUUGAUAAGGUGAUUGGCAGGGAUAGGUUACCCCAGAUGGAGGACCAAGCGAACAUGCCUUAUACCAGUGCUGUGAUCUAUGAAACUCAAUGUUAUGGGGAUAUCACUCCUGUUGGCAUGCCUCGCAUGACAUACCGGGACACUGACCUUCAAGGCUUCUUCAUUCCAAAGGGGAUGACAGUCAUCACUAACCUGUCCUCGGUGCUGAAGGAUGAAACGGUUUGGGAGAAGCCACACCAGUUCUACCCGGAGUACUUCCUGGAUGCAGAUGGGCAGUUUAUGAAGCGAGAGGCCUUCCUGCCUUUCUCUGCAGGUAAAUCCAAGGGCAGAACAGUUGGGUGAGGCCGUCGCAGUGGAAAGGAGUCACAGAUGUCUUUAUCUUUAAAAUGAAUAAAGGGCAUCAGUUCUCAUGCUGCAGGGCAAAAGCCAAAUAUUAACUGCUCAUUACGGGGCUUCUUGGACCUUCCUCAGAAUUCUCUGGUACUGGUCACGGUCAGGGAGAGGAUGCUGGACUAGAUGAAGCGCAGGUCUGUUCCAGUGAGGCAAUACGUGCAUUUCUAUCUUUCUGGAAUUAGGUGUUUGCAGUCGCCAGUGAUAUAUGGCAGAGUGGCAAAGUGGGGCAGAUCCUUUGAUUCAAUUCAUUGUUCAUGGGGUGAGAGUGCUGCUCCCGGUGACUUAGGAUCACAAAAAUGCAGGGCAGGAAUGGACCUCAAGAAACCAAGUACCCUGACAGGUGUUUGUCCAACUUGUUUUUAAAUGCUUCCAAUGAUGUGGA